UUUUUAUCCUUCAGGCUCAUGAUGAAAGACGCUUUACUUUCUGUUAACAAUUUUAAGCUGAUCAAUUGAAAUUAAACUUGAUGCACAAUUUUCAGCCUGUGUUGGUAUGCCCAACGGGCCACAUAUGCGCUAUGUUGACCCAAACAGCUCCGCCUACUCUUUUUUACUCUCUCUUUUUUUGCUUGCAGUCAACUUUUAUCUUCAUUUGAGUUCUAGUAAAAGUUGAAGGAGCGUGUACAGAGUCUCUUUUUUUUCUUGCAUUUGUGUCUAGUGUUGUUGAAAAUGUCCAACGACAAUAAUAAUCGUCCUCGUCGAUACAAAUGUAAGCAAUGUGAAUUUAUUGCUUCAAGUAAAAAUGAAUUUUGGAUCCAUCGACCAAUCCACAUAAAACGCGAAAAACAAUUAUGUUGCCCCAACUGUCCGUUUGUAACGGAAUUUAAACACCAUUUGGAAUAUCAUUUGAGAAAUCAUCUCAACUCUAAACCAUUUACCUGUUCACAUCCCAAUUGUACCUAUUCAUGUGUUAAUAAAUCCAUGUUGAAUUCACAUCUAAAAUCCCAUUCAAAUGUUUAUCAAUUCCAGUGUAAAAAUUGCCCUUAUGUGACCAAAUAUUGUCACUCUCUUAAAGUGCACCUCCGAAAACAUAAUCAUGCACCUUCAGCUGUUCUCAAUCUUGACGGAACCAUCAAUCCUUAUCCAAUAAUAGAUGUUUAUGGUACUCGACGUGGUCCAAGACCAAAGAGAAAACCUUCAUCUUCAGUAUCAAUAUCAUCACCAGCCUCUUCCUCGACAUCACCUCGUCUACCAACACCACCGCUUCCACCAAGAAAACCAUCACCGGCACCACUUUCACUUUCCUUUAGACAACCAUCAUCGGCAGUAACACCUUCAUCGGCAUCAACCUCACCUCAAAUUGCAAUCAAUCGUGAAUCAAAUUCACCAAACUCAAAGACAAUAAAAUCGUAUACUCCUCCUCUGCAAAAUGUGCUAUUGGGAACUCCAUUCUUGUGUUUCCCGUUAAUACCAAAAUCUUUGAUUCCUUCCCAUUUGGAGCGAGCUGAAAGCUUAUCCGACGAUGGACCAUUAGAUUUAACUCGUGCCAAAUUGUGAAACUUGUCAAUAUCAUUAAUGAUAUGAAACCCCCUUGAAAAUGACUGAGUCAAAAAAAUCAAAAACAUCAAUCUUCCCCUUCAAUCCCUUCAUUUCCUGAUAAUUGCAAUCACUUGCAAACUUUCAUCUCUACAAAUUAAAGCAAAAACAACAAAUUGUUUAUUAUUUUGUCGCUUUAAUGUAGUUAAAUCAUAACAAAAAUGUUAAUAAAACGCUGUAAUUUUUGGUGACAUCUCUGA